AUGGAGCUCUCCGAUGUGCGCUGCCUAAGCGGCAGCGAGGAACUCUACACCAUCCACCCGACGCCCCCGGCCGGCGACGGCGGGAGCGGCUCUCGGCCGCAGCGGCUGCUGUGGCAGACGGCGGUGAGGCAUAUCACCGAGCAGCGCUUCAUUCACGGGCACCGGGGUAGCGGCGGCGGCGGCGGGAGUAGAGGCUCCGGCAAAGCCUCGGACCCUGCAAGCGGCGGCCCCAACCAUCACGCGGCGCAACUGUCCAGCGAAUCGGCGCUGCCCCUCUACUCGCUGGGCCCCGGGGAGAGAGCUCACAGUACCGGUGGCACCAAAGUCUUCCCGGAACGCAGCGGGAGCGGCAGCGGCAGCGGGAGCGGGGGCGGGGGUGAUCUGGGCUUCCUGCACCUCGACUGUGCCCCGAGCAACUCGGAUUUCUUCCUGAACGGAGGCUACAGCUACCGAGGGGUCAUUUUCCCCACUCUGCGCAACUCCUUCAAGUCCCGGGAUCUGGAGCGCCUCUACCAGCGCUAUUUCCUGGGCCAGAGGCGCAAAUCCGAGGUGGUGAUGAAUGUGCUGGACGUGCUGACCAAACUCACCCUGUUGGUCCUCCACCUGAGCCUGGCUUCGGCCCCGAUGGACCCUCUCAAGGGCAUCCUCCUGGGCUUCUUCACUGGCAUCGAGGUGGUGAUCUGCGCCCUGGUGGUGGUCAGGAAGGACACCACCUCGCACACGUACCUGCAGUACAGUGGCGUGGUCACUUGGGUGGCCAUGACCACCCAGAUCUUGGCAGCAGGCCUUGGCUACGGGCUUCUGGGUGAUGGCAUCGGUUACGUUCUCUUCACACUGUUCGCCACCUACAGCAUGCUGCCGCUGCCGCUCACCUGGGCCAUCCUGGCCGGCCUGGGCACCUCUCUGCUGCAGGUGGCCCUGCAGGCGGCCAUUCCUCGGCUAGCUGUCAUUUCCAUCAACCAGGUUGUGGCCCAGGCAGUGUUAUUCAUGUGUAUGAACACAGCUGGAAUCUUCAUCAGUUACCUGUCAGACCGGGCCCAGCGCCAAGCCUUCCUGGAGACGCGGAGGUGUGUGGAGGCCAGGCUACGCCUGGAGACGGAAAACCAAAGACAGGAACGGCUUGUGCUGUCUGUGCUCCCCCGCUUUGUCGUCCUGGAAAUGAUCAAUGACAUGACCAAUGUUGAAGACGAGCACUUGCAGCACCAGUUCCAUCGGAUCUACAUCCACCGUUAUGAGAACGUCAGUAUUCUUUUUGCAGAUGUUAAAGGAUUUACCAACCUCUCCACGACCUUGUCUGCCCAGGAGCUGGUCCGGAUGCUCAACGAGCUCUUUGCCAGAUUUGAUCGACUGGCUCAUGAGCAUCACUGCCUUCGCAUUAAAAUCCUGGGGGACUGUUACUACUGUGUUUCAGGGCUUCCUGAGCCCCGCCAGGACCACGCCCACUGCUGCGUUGAAAUGGGCCUCAGCAUGAUCAAAACCAUCAGGUAUGUGAGGUCAAGGACACAGCAUGAUGUGGACAUGAGGAUUGGAAUCCACUCAGGCUCAGUUCUAUGUGGAGUGCUGGGCCUGCGGAAGUGGCAGUUUGAUGUCUGGUCCUGGGAUGUGGACAUCGCGAACAAGCUUGAAUCUGGAGGAAUCCCCGGGAGGAUUCACAUUUCCAAAGCCACGCUGGACUGCCUCAACGGUGACUAUAAUGUGGAAGAGGGUCAUGGUAAAGAGAGAAACGAAUUCUUGAGGAAGCAUAAUAUAGAGACCUACUUGAUUAAGCAGCCUGAGGAGAGUCUGCUGUCAUUGCCCGAAGACAUUGUCAAGGAAUCGGUGAGCUCCUCAGACAGGAGAAACAGUGGGGCGACAUUCACAGAAGGAUCCUGGAGCCCCGAACUGCCCUUUGAUAACAUAGUGGGGAAACAGAACACUCUGGCUGCCCUAACAAGAAAUUCAAUAAAUCUACUUCCAAACCAUCUUGCACAAGCUUUGCAUGUCCAGUCUGGGCCUGAGGAAAUUAACAAGAGAAUAGAACAUACCAUCGACUUGCGGAGUGGCGAUAAAUUGAGAAGAGAGCAUAUCAAGCCAUUCUCACUGAUGUUUAAAGACUCCAGCCUGGAGCACAAGUAUUCUCAAAUGAGGGAUGAAGUAUUCAAGUCAAACUUGGUCUGUGCAUUUAUCGUUCUUCUAUUUAUCACGGCGAUACAAAGUUUGCUUCCUUCUUCAAGGGUGAUGCCAAUGGCCAUCCAGUUUUCCAUCCUGAUUAUGCUGCACUCGGCUCUCGUCCUCAUCACCACAGCAGAGGAUUAUAAGUGUUUGCCCCUCGUCCUCCGGAAAACUUGCUGUUGGAUUAAUGAGACCUAUUUGGCCCGGAACGUCAUCAUCUUUGCAUCCAUCUUGAUUAACUUCCUGGGUGCCAUCUUGAAUAUCCUGUGGUGUGAUUUUGACAAGUCGAUACCCUUGAAGAACCUGACUUUCAAUUCCUCAGCUGUGUUUACAGAUAUCUGCUCCUACCCAGAGUACUUCGUCUUCACCGGGGUGCUUGCCAUGGUGACUUGUGCAGUUUUCCUCCGCCUGAACUCUGUCCUGAAACUGGCUGUGCUGCUGAUUAUGAUCGCCAUCUACGCUCUGCUGACCGAAACCAUCUAUGCGGGCCUCUUUCUGCGCUACGACAACCUGAACCACAGUGGAGAAGAUUUCCUGGGGACCAAGGAGGCAUCACUGCUGCUGAUGGCCAUGUUCCUCCUUGCUGUGUUCUACCAUGGACAGCAGCUAGAGUACACAGCCCGCCUUGACUUCCUUUGGCGAGUACAGGCCAAAGAGGAGAUCAAUGAGAUGAAGGAGCUAAGGGAACACAAUGAGAACAUGCUCCGGAACAUUCUACCCAGCCACGUGGCCCGCCACUUCCUGGAGAAAGACCGAGACAAUGAGGAGCUGUAUUCUCAAUCCUAUGAUGCCGUCGGGGUGAUGUUUGCCUCCAUCCCGGGGUUUGCAGAUUUUUACUCUCAGACUGAAAUGAAUAACCAAGGAGUGGAGUGCCUGCGCCUGCUGAAUGAAAUCAUUGCUGACUUCGAUGAGCUCCUCGGUGAAGACCGGUUCCAAGACAUUGAAAAGAUUAAGACCAUUGGCAGCACCUACAUGGCUGUGUCAGGCCUGUCCCCUGAAAAACAGCAAUGUGAAGACAAGUGGGGGCAUUUGUGCGCCCUGGCUGACUUCUCCCUCGCCCUGACUGAGAGCAUACAGGAGAUCAACAAACAUUCCUUCAACAAUUUCGAACUCCGGAUUGGCAUCAGCCAUGGCUCCGUGGUAGCUGGCGUUAUCGGCGCUAAGAAACCACAGUAUGACAUUUGGGGCAAAACCGUGAACCUGGCAAGUCGAAUGGACAGCACAGGUGUCAGUGGCAGGAUCCAAGUCCCUGAGGAGACCUAUCUCAUCCUGAAGGACCAGGGCUUUGCCUUUGACUACCGAGGGGAGAUCUAUGUGAAGGGCAUCAGUGAACAAGAAGGAAAAAUCAAAACGUACUUUCUGCUGGGAAGAGUCCAACCCAAUCCAUUCAUCUUGCCCCCGAGAAGACUGCCCGGGCAGUACUCCUUGGCCGCAGUUGUCCUGGGCCUUGUCCAGUCUCUCAAUAGGCAAAGGCAGAAGCAGCUGCUCAACGAGAACAACAACACGGGGAUUAUCAAGGGUCAUUACAACCGGCGGACUUUGUUGACACCCAGCGGGCCAGAGCCUGGAGCCCAAGCCGAAGGCACCGACAAGUCUGAUUUGCCAUAA